GAGAGAAACCAUCGUCAUGUCGGUGUUGGUUUUGUGAUUUACACAACUUCGGGAAAAUGGAGGACACCGAAGGAAAUAAGAAUAACAACAAAAGCGAAAACAAUGAAAACGAAGAAGAUAUUGACUUUGAAUCAAUGGGAAAGCAGGAAUUAGAAAAACAUUUAGUGGUUGCUGCAAAAAAAGGCCGAAUAGAGAGAGUCAAGCAACUGUUACAAAGAGGAGCAUCACCUGAUGCCAAGGAAUAUAACAGAAGUCUGUUUUAUGCUUCUGAAAACUACAACACACCCCUGCAAAAUGCUGCAUCGGAAGGCUUUCACGAAAUGACAAAGGUUCUUAUUGAAAAUGAAGCUGAUAUCAAUGCUGGGGACCGAUUUGAUGUAACAGCCCUUCACAUGGCAGCUGAAGGAGGCCAUGUUAGAUGUGUAGAACUGUUGUUAGAAGGUGGCGCUGAUUGUAACAUUGGAACUAAGUACUCGAAAUAUGGCUCAUAUACUGCAUUUCCACACCCAGGUGGCACAACACCACUACAUUUAGCCUCCGUUCACAACCAUCUAGAAUGUGUGAAGGCAUUGAUAUGGCAUGGCGCUGAUUACAAUGCUGUGGACGAGUAUGGCAGGACCAGUCUAUAUUUAGCUGCAGCGGCUGCCUUCGAAGAUUGUGUUCAUGCUCAUUUAAAUAAUGCUAUCUGGAAGGACAUUUUAUCAUUGCCAGUGAAAGGAACAGGUGCAGGCCCUGGACAGGAAAUUGGUAACACACCAUUACAUGAGUGUGUGAAACACAAACUGGUCACCUGUAUAAGAGCUCUGCUAAAAAGAGGGUCAGAUGUUAAUCAUUUGAAUGCUGCAGGUUUCAGUCCACUACAUCUUGCUGUUAAAGCUGGGGAGGGAUUCUCUAUGCCAGUUUUACGAGAACUAGUAGCCAAUGGUUACAACACAGAUGUUAAUAUUCCAGAUUCACAUGGGUACACUCCUUUACAUUAUGCUUGUUUCCAUGAGAACAACAUGCAGGAACGUAGACCCGAGGUGGCCAGGCUACUAAUUGCAUAUGGUGCCAAUGUAGACAUCAAGAUUUCAGGUGCUGACCGUGCUACUCUUCUAACACAAGAACUAAGAAGUCCAUUUGCUGACUUAUCAAUAUUGAAAUAUAUAGUGAAAACAAUGGAAGUUCUACCUAGUCCAGACACUGUGAGAAUGAUUGGUCCCUCGACUGUAGGCCUGCACAUGGAUUUAGCCACAAGACGACGUCUUAUGAUGGCUGAUUCACAAAAUCAUUUUGAGAAAGUCAGAUGGUUUAAGAAUGAGUGCCGAACACCCAGAACACUCCAGCAUAUGUGUCGAUACUCUGUUAGAAAAACAAUCACAGUCAAAAGAAUUGGCCAGCUUCGUACAUUGAAAAUACCAAAUACAUUAAAAGACUAUUUAUUGUUUAAUGAUGGAGAUGAAGACUGAUGGAGAUUAAGAAUGGUGGAAUUCAUUAAAAGUGUUCAAAUCAACAUUAAAGUAUAACCUAAAUAUACUUUUAAAGAACAGAGUUCUAUACUCAAUACUGUCAUACUCUGCAUAGAGUACCAUUUUAUGUUAGAGAAAAAGUUAGUUCUGGAAGUAAGAGACUUGACACUAUUAAUCAGUUGACCACAUUUGUUAUCUAUGAUUAGGAACAUUUUGUUAUCAAAUGUAUCAUGAAUAAGGUGAAAUAGUAACGUAAGAGAAUGUUUUGAAUGUUCCACAUCGCGAAGAAGCCUAUAAUUUUACAAAUCUGAAUCAUUGACGGUCAGUAACAUUUGAAUGUAGCUAAAUACAAAUUCUGUGGUGUUUCAAAGUUUGCUAAGGACAUACAUAUAUGAUGGUAACGUAAUUUUAUUGUUCAGAACAGAAGUCAUGCAUAAAGUAUAUGUCUUACGAUGUUGUCUAAAAUAAUGAACAAAAUUCUGAUUUCAUCAUGUUCAUUCAUUUCUGAUUUUCAAAAGGAAAUUUGUAAUUCAUAAGUGAAGAGCUAUUCAUUAGGGAAAACUUCCUUAUCCAGAAAUGUCAACUUUAUUCAUUCAAAAACAUAUUUGUGCAAUAUUGUCGUGAGAUAGGAGCAUAUGAUAAUAAUACAAUAACAAUAUAUGAAACUCACCAGGGUUUAUUAAUGUGAUACAGCAAUUAAUACACAACAUACAGCUAUAAUUGGCCAUUUCAGAAUCUAAAGGACUAUGGGUAAUUUCAUUGUUCGUACUCCAGAAUGAAAAUAACGUUAUGUCAUUGGUUGAAUUUCUAUUGUAUAGGAAGUUUUUAACCAAUCACAACGUUUUGGUGUACACUUUUGAAAAUAUUACCCAGAAUGCAUUAGAUUCUGAAAAGGCAAAUAGAAAUAAUCAACACAAUCAAUAAUGUCAAUACAUGUGGUUAAAGGUGAAGAAUUUCGAAUGUUAUGUUUUGUGUACUACAUCUGUUAUGUUUUGUGUACUACAUCUGU